UGACCAAAGUUAAAGAACUCAUUGAUGCGUUUCCAAGGACAAAUUCUGAGGAACAUGAUAUACUGGGCAUGGCAGAGACAAUCAGAGCUCAGUAUAAGAAGGCUUGUGCAUUGUUGAAGAUAUCUUCAGCCAAUCCUUAUGAUGCAGGAGUCUCAUUCUGAAUCACCAAUGACCUCUAAAAUAAGCAGACUCUGUCACCACAUAGAUUCAAUCACCAAAUACUUGGCACCACUAUUACCUAUUGCCAAUUGUCAUAUGGUGGAAUUCCUCACUCAAAACCACUGGGAGAUACUGCUGCCGAGCCCCUUGAGGAAAACCCUUGAAGGUGUGGAAUUAAAUGAAGCACUGGAUGAAUUCUGGACCACUGCUAGUGGUCAGGAAACUAAAGCCACGUCCCCCCUCUCCGACUGGAUCACCGCCGCCCGAUCCCACUGCAUAGCCAUCAACAAUGACUACUGCAUAUCAUCUGAACAACUACAGGAGCGCAUCAGGACGUGGGGAGGAGAUAUCAGGCCUGAGAUACGUGUUAAAGAGUUCAUGACCAGCAAGAAAAGUUAUGAGGUACAAACAAUGUCCCGUCUCGUAGCAUCUCUACACUCAGCUAACAGGGCCACAUGUUGCGUGGAAGCGGGCGGCGGGCGCGGCAACUUGCCGGUGGCGCUGUGUCUCGGGUAUGGCAUACCCAGCCUCACUGUAGACUGUGAUGCUGCUGCCGUGGCCGCUGCUCCAAGCAGGAUACGGAUCAUACAGAAACAAUGGCACGCCAUAGCCAAACGCAUAAAGGACGGCAACGAGGAGCGUAUGAAUGACAGUAUUAACAAGAACCUGCAUAGAUUCGCCGCUGCCUUCAUCACGGAACACACGGAUUUGGCCGGCAUUGUCAAGGAAAAGUUUCCGGAAUUCGCUGACCAAGACGUUAAACUGCUUCUAACUGGUCUGCACACUUGUGGGAACCUAGGCCCGGACAGUCUGCGUAUCUUCGCGUCACAGCCCACUACUGGCGCUGUAUUCAACGUGCCGUGCUGUUACCAUCUGCUGACUGAGACUGUUGAGGGGGAUAUGUUCGAUGUCUUCCAAAGGGAUUAUAGAAGUGGAAGUAGUCAAGGGUUCCCGAUGUCGGAGUAUUUGAGAGGUUACAACUUAGGCAGAAAUGCAAGGAUGUUGGCAGCUCAAUCUAUCCAUAGAGUUGUUAGCCAACGUCAACUGCCCUCUUCCAGUUUGCUAUAUAGAGCUCUGUUACAGGUAAUAAUUGAAGAGCGACUGCCGAACCACAAAAUAUCUGAAGGCAAACUCAAAAGAAUAACACCAAAAUGUCAAACAUUCCAACAGUAUUUCAAAAUGGCCGACGAGAUUUUAAAAUUAGAACUCUAUGACAGUUUGACGGAAAGUUUCUUCACAGAUAUACAUAAAAAUAUGGAUUGCCAGUGGAAAAAACUCGUGCUGUUUUAUUUAUUAAGGUUAUGUUUAGCUCAAGUAGUUGAGAGUUUGAUAUUGUUAGAUAGACUAAUGUUUUUGUAUGAAAAUGGCUUUGAUGAUGUAUAUUUGGUUAAGUUAUUUGAUCCUGUGUUGUCGCCGAGAUGUCAUAGUAUCGUAGCUGUAAGAUAA